GUGAGACCUACUCAGAGACCUACAGCCACACAGACACCUGUAUCCCCUGCACCAUGUGUACAGGUCUGAUGCGCAUGCAGACGCCCUGCACCGACUCCAACAAUGCCAUCUGCGUGUGUGACUACAACUACUACCUGAAUGAGGUGUCUGGGCGCUGUGAGCCCUGCACGGUGUGCCCGGCGGGCCAGGGCGUGUUGGCACACUGCGAGCACAACCAUGACACGGUGUGUGAGGAGUGUAUAGACGACACCUACUCUGACCGGGACAGCUCCCUGGACCCCUGCCUGCCCUGCACCAUAUGUGAUGAGGGCAUCGAGUUGGAGCUGAGCGCCUGCACCCCCGUCAGCGACUCCCUCUGCCAUAAUCCUCUCCUCCCGUCCUACACGUCUCCCACCUUUCCCCUGGACCCGUCUUCCCCCUCUUUCACAGACAUCUUCCCACCAGACAGCUCCAGCAGCCCCUCCCCGGGGGGAGAGAGCACCACGGCCCAGCCCAGCCCUCACUUCAUCAGACCGGGCUUCAACGAGAACCUCAUCCCCAUCUACUGCUCCAUCCUGGCUGCUGUGGUGGUGGGGCUGGUGGCCUACAUCAUCUUCAAAAGGUGGAACAGCUGCAAGCAGAACAAACAGCCGGCUAACAACCACCAAGCCACAGCAGCCAAUCAAACGGUGACGCCGGAGGGGGAGAAGCUGCACAGCGACAGCGGCAUCUCAGUGGACAGCCAGAGUCUGCAGGAGCAGCAGCAUGCAGCCCAGGUCCAGACACAGACACACAGACAGGAACAGAUAGUGGUGAGGGUGGAUGGGGGACCUGACUCACCUCCCCCCCAGGUCUGAGGAAGAGGAGAAGCCGCUGACAGGAAGGAGGAGAGGGGGACGUGGGGUUGCCAUGGAAACCUUGAUGUGGGAACGGACAUACAGUAUAAGAGUACAGACUGAGUGGGCUUCUUGGAUACAACAAGGAAGUUGACGACAUUAUCGCCCCUUUUCACCAAGGGUGGCCACUGGUUUCUGACUGGACUCUUGUCCCAGUAUGGACCCUUAUUGGACAGACUGGAGCAUCAGAGGCUGACCCAGUAUCUCUACACAGAACCCAAAUAUGCCAGUGUGUCUUUGAACACUAAACCUCUCCGCCAGUACCAACCCUAACACCAACCCUCUGCCUCAAGUCACUAAAAUUGCAAUAUCACUACCACCCAUAAUCCAAGAAGCAUCACUGUGUUAGAUAUCCUGGUCUCCGUCUUUUCUGUCAGCUGGUGUUGACCAAUCAUUAUGAAAAGUGUGUUAGUAUGUUAUCCCAUGAAGGAGUUUCAUCCUGUGUCCCCAUAAGUUCACUGCCAACUUCCUUUGACCAUUUGCUAAAAUGAUUAUUCAUCCACCCCCCCCGGUUCCCCCCUACUCACUCACAUCAUCAAAUGUUUGUGCCUCAGAGGUAGAUAGACCCUUGUCUGUACUCUCUCUUUCUCAGCGUGUAACUAUUUGUCCCUCUUUCCAUCCCUCCAUCUGUACCUAUCCUAUCCUAGUGUGUUCUCAGGGCAAGUCCUGCAUUAGUCUCUCCAUCACACCCCCAGACUGUCUUCUCAGACCUCAGCAGUAGCAGCUUGUUGUAAUCCUCCAUGUGAACCUGUCUGAUAGUAUCUCACUGUUAUCUAUUCAACACAACUCAGUGGGGGAACGGUUAUGCUGCGUUUAGAUGGUACGAGGUAGACGGCGUCCGGAUGUCAUUGUUUUCAAUGAGAGCACGGCGGUAAAUGCUGUUGAGGUCACGGUAGACGGCGUCCGGAUGUCAUUGUUUUCAAUGAGAGCACGGCGGUAAAUGCUGUUGAGGUCACGGUAGACGGCGUCCGGAUGUCAUUGUUUUCAAUGAGAGCAUGACGGUAAAUGCUGUUGAGGUCACGGUAGACGGCGUCCGGAUGUCAUUGUUUUCAAUGAGAGCACGACGGUAAAUGCUGUUGAGGUCACGGUAGACGGCGUCCGGAUGUCAUUGUUUUCAAUGAGAGCACGACGGUAAAUGCUGUUGAGGUCACGGUAGACGGCGUCCGGAUGUCAUUGUUUUCAAUGAGAGCACGACGGUAAAUGCCGUUGAGGUCACAGUAGACGGGAAAUGCCACCAGAGUUCAAAUAUUGAAACUUUCGUUGUCUGUCAUAGCGUUGUUUUCUACCAGAUGUUGAUUUGCACUGUUUGUUUACCAAAAUCACCACAGCAACACAUACCGUCGUGCUGACUUGCUUUCUUCUUGUAUGACGGUUUCUGCGUCCCUCGUCUAAAUGCAGCAUUAGUCACCCAUUCCAAAAUCUCCUAUGCUUUUUCUUUACCACAGACACAGACAUUCCUAAGGUGUACAGGGACGGACACAUUUGUGUUGUUAUACUGUUGCCUCUGAUUACUGCUCUCCUAUUCUCAUUGGCUGUGGAUCAUUCCAUCAUUCCGUCACCGCAACAUGAUACACCAUCCCUCCUCUGUUUUCUGACACACUUGAGUCCUUUUCUCCAUCCAACAU